AUGAAACUAAAACACCCAAACGUUGCCCAGAUCUUUGGUGUAUGCAGGUCACCUAAUCUUCCGGUGAUCAUAUUCCAUGGCACAACAAGAGUCCCUUUUAGCCAUUAUCAACGUAACUUGACUGCGAAGCGGUUCCUACCAUUCUAUUAUGAGUUGGUAAAGUGUAUUCUCUGUUCGGUCUUGAAAUUUUGGCCACGUUCUCUCUCGCGUACGUGCACCACAUAUCUCGAUGAGAAUGCACUCUAUGUCAAUGAGUAUGACAAAAUUGUAUUUGGAGACCUACAUUAUAGCUAUUACGAUCUCAACUUGUUCUAUUUGUCUUUAACCGGAGCCAGAAUGUUGCACCUCCUCUUUGCUUACAAUGUACGCGGCUUGAUCGAACAGAGUCGAAUCGGGAGAUGGAUGUGGCGAAGCGGAGGUUUACGAGAUCAUUAUGAAGCUAUUGAGUUUCUUUAUAUGCGAGGUUGCUCGGACGAGAAGCAGUUGGACGAGGAGCACCCCUAUGCGCAGGGCAGUGUAGUAACCGAUCCUUCGUAUCAUGUGAAGGAACUCUUGGGACCAGAUUCACCCCGAGCCCAGGAAACUUUAGUUGGGAGAUUGUGGCCUUCGCCGCUUGACUGGAAGUGGGAGGUACACUUGCUAGGAGUGGAAAGCGAACAGGGUUUUUUAUCAUUGGACAACGGGUCGGUCACGAUGUCCAUUGAGCCUUCAUCGUUCCAUGACCUUUGCGUUACUAUCUGCGUGCGUUCGGGGGCUGAGAUUAUGCAAUCGUGGAUCGCACAGGCUUCCAAGAUGUAUUCAUAUCUUCGCUCCAUGGGCUAUGGAGACGAUGUUGGCUUAGAUAUUAUAGAUGGUACGAUCUUCACCGUUUAUCCAAAGGACAGGGACAGCCCUUGUCACCUCUGCAAUCUGACGAACGAUCAUCACGCGCUCUCCUUGUCGAUAACUGCCCCCAUUAUCGAUUAUAAGACCAACAUGAUUAAAUCCUUCCCCAUCAUCUCUUGUCUCCGAGCCUGCGGCAUGGAUUCGGUUGAGGCAGAUGUUCCUCUCCGGGUUCGCAGGUGCUUUUCACGAUGCCCAUUUCAGUUGCAUAAAACGGUGGUUUUGACCAUACCCGAGUUGAAUGCCGAGUACGGAUUCGACCCCGGGCGCGAAGGUGCUGAUGUAUGCGAGCAUUUUGGGUGGCCACUCCUUCAGAUCCUUGACCCUUCCACGGGAGAAUGGACGCCAAAUGGGGCCGCAUCCCAGUCCUCCGGGCCUGCGCCAGUCGUAUCGGACAAUACGCCAGAUCAGAUGUUGAAUGAAGAGCCCGACUCUAUACCGUGCGGUACGGACGUGGCCAUGGGAAACAUCAAGGAAGCGCAAGCUGGCGAGACUCCGACCAAGACAGAGAUCGUUCCCGUUGUGCAGCAUGAUAUCAGUACACGGUUGCUCAUCGUCAUAUUCAUCGCUAUUGGCAUUCAAGUUGUUCUAACUCUGUCAUCCUUUCAUAACUCCUUGUAGAUAUAGAUCUGAUAAUUCGUCAUAUAGUCUUUUGGCUUCAGUAGAACUUUAUAACUUG